CUCUUCCUUCCGCUACAUAUACACCCCUCCUCCUCCUCAUCCUCCGUCUCAAGCUACACCCAUGGCUUCUUCUCCUCCGGCAUUGUGCUGCAUCUUACUGAUCAGCUUCCUCUCCGUGCUCACCACCACCACUGCUGCCCCUCCGAGGAAGCCCAUCGACGUCCCGUUCCAAAAGAACUAUGUUCCCACUUGGGCAUUCGAUCACAUUAAGUACUUCAACGGCGGCAACGACAUCCAGCUCUACCUGGACAGGAACACCGGCACUGGCUUUCAGUCGAAGGGUUCGUACUUGUUCGGCCACUUCAGCAUGCAGAUGAAGUUGGUUCCGGGCGAUUCCGCCGGCACGGUCACUGCAUUCUAUCUGUCGUCUCAGAACUCGGAGCACGACGAGAUCGACUUUGAGUUCUUGGGGAACAGGAGCGGCCAGCCCUACAUCCUGCAGACCAAUGUGUUUACCGGGGGGAAGGGGGACAGGGAGCAGAGGAUCUACCUCUGGUUCGACCCGACCAAGGACUUCCACACCUACUCCAUUCUCUGGAACGAGUUCCAGAUCGUGUUCUUGGUGGACGACUCGCCGAUAAGGGUGUUCAAGAACAACAAGGACUUGGGGGUGCGGUACCCGUUCGAGCAGCCGAUGAAGAUAUACUCGAGCCUGUGGAACGGGGACGACUGGGCGACGCGCGGCGGGCUGGAGAAGACGGACUGGCUGAAGGCGCCGUUCGUGGCGGCGUACAGGGGGUUCCACAUCGACGGGUGCGAGGCGUCGGCGGAGGCCAAGUUCUGCGCCACGCAGGGGCGGCGGUGGUGGGACCAGCACGAGUUCCGGGACCUCGACGGACCGCAGUACCGACGCCUGCAGUGGGUCCGGCAGAAGUACACCAUCGACAACUACUGCACCGACCGGAAAAGGUACCCGGUGAUGCCGCCGGAGUGCAAGCGAAACAGGGACGUCUAGGCGCGGCACAGCGUCGAACAGCUCGAGAGGGCGUGCGUCACUUGGAACGGCGAUUGUGUUCUUGCUACUGCAUUUGUUAUCGUUUGCUAUAUAUUGUAAGAGCCCUUAAUGAAAAUUAAGAAAUUUACACAAAA